AUGAAUUCAAAAAAAAACCAGAUUUCAGAAUUUCUUGAAUUUCUUGAUGGAGCGGAUGGAAGCUACAAAUUCGGGAAAGAAGCUGGAUCUGCAGGUUUUGCUAAACUUGAUAUGGUGGAAAGUGAACUCGUACUUGUAAGAUUACUCCCUCAACAAGACAAAGAAAUUAUAGACUGGAAGAAAUUGCUAGGGAAAGCUCCUGUUUUAGGCAUCCAAGUAAUACGAGAUCGUGUGAUUGUUUCUGCGUUAGACUUAUUUGAAUAUGAUUUUUAUCGGGUUUUUCGAAUCUAUUCGUGGUUGAAAAAAAUUAGCGCAAUGGCGGUGGGUGUGAAAGAUGAAAUUAAUCUUUUGCCAGUAAUCGAAGAUUGGACCCCGUCAUCAUCAAUGGUAUUCUCCACCUAG